UUAGUCUACCUUGGAAUGGUCAAAAAAAUCGAUUUUUUUUUAUUGGCUUAAAAAAUCCUUUGAACCCUCUAGAAUAAGGGACAAAAGGUCUUAUACCUGCCAGAACUCGUUUUCAUUGAAAUUUCGAGCUCCUACCCAAGCGCUCCGGAGUGCUCCGAAACGCCUAUCUGCUGCAAAUCGUUACCUGUUCGGCGGAUACAGCAUAACGAUUUACCAUUCAAUUUUGAAUUUCUCUAAUACACUAACGACACCAACAGAUGUCGUUAAAAAUAUUUUUGAGUCAGUCAGAAGCAUUCUUCCGCCGUUUCCCGUGUAGUCGAACGUAUCGCAGAAAUUCGAAAACUGUCGGAAAAUGAAGCGUACGUAUUCUGAGAGAAAGGGUUCACGUAAAAAUUGUGGACGACCUUCAAGAAGUAAAAAACGACCGAAACCAUCAAAUCUAAAUAUGUUCGAGAAGGAAACCGCGUCGACGAGUGCUUCCGCGAAAAAAUUACAAAGUGACUUAUAGGAAGUGCAAGUGCCUGUAAAUGCUGGCUACGGAUACCGUUUGAUUGUGUUUUUACCAUUUUUUUCAACGUUGAGUGAAAUGGUGAAAUGCAAAGAAUGCGGUGGGAAUAUUACUUUUUCCGAAUCAAGUAUUCGCGGACUUGGAUUCAAAUUAGUGGUCAAUUGCGUCAACUGUGAACCACGCUACAUCCUCUCUUGUCCGCUCAUAAAUACUGCGUACGAAAUCAACAGGCGCAUCACUUUCGCUAUGAGACUCCUUGGAAUCGGUUACGAUGGCAUUAAAAAGUUCUGUGGUCUAAUGGACCUCCCGAAAAUAUUCCACAAAAACGUUUAUUAUGAGGUGAUGAGUAAUAUUCAUUGUGCGUCGAAAGCCGUUGCCACUAAACUGUUUUCUGUAGCCGCUGCUGAAGAAAAACAGUUAACGGAAAAUGCCGAAAAUGGAGCCGAAUUGAGAGGGUUAACAGUUUCUGGCGACGGAACAUGGAGGAAACGCGGCUUUUCGUCGCUGCAAGGCGUGACAACUGUGAUCGGCUCUUACACUGGAAAAGUGCUUGACCUCGUGGUAAAAUGCUCGUAUUGUAAACAGUGCGAGUAUUGGAAAUCAAAACUAAACAUAUUGGAAUUCGAGGAAUGGUCGGAAACUCAUGCAGAGGAGUGCAGUGCCAAUCACAAGGGAAGUGCCGGAAAAAUGGAGGUGGACGCUGCCAUAGAAAUAUUCAAAAGAUCGGAGGAAUUGUACAACGUGAAAUAUUCUGCGUAUGUCGGUGAUGGAGACUGCAAAACAUUUAAAGGAAUUUGCGAAUCUCAUCCGUAUGGCGACGAUUUUAUUAUAAUAAAAAAGGAAUGUGUUGGCCAUGUACAAAAACGAAUGGGGGCGAGGCUUCGGAAAUUGAGAAAAGAUAAAAGACUCGGCGGAAAAGGCAAACUGACAGCGAAACUUAUUGACGAGCUGAGCAUUUAUUACGGAUUGGCAAUACGAAGACACGCAAAUUCCGCGGAGGACAUGAAGAAGGAAAUCUGGGCAACAUUGAAACAUAAAUCAUCGACCGAUGAAAAACCACAGCAUGAUAACUGUCCGCCUGGGAAAGACAGCUGGUGCACCUGGCAGCAAGCAAAAGCGAAGGAUAAACUCGCUGUUUACAAACAUAAACCGGCUCUCACCGAUGAUGUUAUAAAGGCCCUCACUCCCAUAUACGAGGAGCUUAGCAACGACAAUUUAUUAUCGCGAUGUGUCGGCGGAUUCACCCAAAACGCCAACGAGAGUGUCAACGCUAUGAUAUGGUCGUUUGCUCCAAAACGAGUAUUUAGUGGCGCGAAAACCGUGGAAGUGGCAUCGUAUUUUGCAGCAAGCAUUUUUAAUCACGGGUACAAGAGUAUUCUACAAAUGAUGGGCGUCCUGAACUUACAAAUUGGGCCAAAUGCCUUCGAAAUGUGCGAGAAAGCGGAUGAGCUGCGAAUUGCGAUUGCUGACAAGCGGUCGUUCGAGACCUCCAAACAAGAAAGAAUUAAUAGAAGAACAGCACAAUCGGCUCUCGAAGAGAAUUUUCACGAGGUGGAAGGUUUACUGUAUGACGCAGGAAUGGCUGAUUAACGACCAUUCACAUUCCAGAAACUAUGUACACCGUUUGACCACCUCUAAAAAACAUGGUUGCGCGCGAAGGAGUGCCUCGUCGCCAUCUUGAAAUUUUUCAACGCAGAAAAAUUUGGACAUGUUUUCGAAACUUUAACAAAGAAAAUA